GGAAUGACAAAAACCUGUACAAAACAUUCAUUUGAAUGUGUCCUUCUGACUGUGACUGUCCUCCUUCAGAAACCUGGAUACUACGAGCCCAAGGUAGAAGGAGCACAAGAUUCUCACUACAUGCGUGUGAGCGCUCCUUGUGUGGGCAGUGGACCAGGCCUGCUGACCAUGCCUGCAGGGGCGUUGGUCUUCAUGUUCAGCGAUGUGGACAGGGAGGGCAUGGCCACUGUCAUAUUUGACGGACAGAAAGGACUUGUCCCCAGGGCCUUGCUAGAACCAGUAGAUGUCAAAAAGGCAAAAGGCAAAAAGAAGAAAAAUAAAAUCCCCAGUGGGAUCCCACUCCCACCAGGCCUCAAGCCACCCACUCGCCCACAGAUGCUGCCCACCUCCGUCGCACCCACUCAGGCUCAGCCAAUCAGUAAGUCUCCACCUCCCGUCUACGUCCAUGCCACCGUGGCCUCAGCUGAGCCUGCCUUGCUCUCACCCACAGCCGAGAGCCCCACAGAGCAGGAUCCGGGUUCCCCCGAGAGAGAAGAGGCAGCGACUGUGGUGGUGAAGGUAAAUUACAGAUACACUGUGGCUCUGACCGUUCCAUUGGACACAUCGCACGGUGAACUACAGAGACGAAUCGCUCAUAAAUUGGGCCAGCCAGCCUCCCUCUUGCGCCUGAGACACAGACAGCAUGGCACCCAGAUCCUGAGGCCCCUGGAUGGGGAGAGGCUGAAGGACCUGCUGGAGGGGGCCGAGGCAGGCCGUGCAACUCUGUGGUGUCAGACUGAGGACCCUCUGGUCAGCAGGACCAUUCUCUACCACAUGGUGGCGCUGUAUGACUACACAGCAGAGGGAUCUGAGGACUUGGAGUUUAGCGAGGGAGACACGAUUGACAUUCUCAGUCAAGUCAAUGAGGAGUGGCUGGAGGGACACUGCGCUGGAAAAAUUGGCAUCUUCCCCAGCUGCUUUGCCUACAGGGAUAACGAGAGCCCUCAAACAUAAGAGCAGAAUGACGUAAGAGCCACUACGGACAGACACUCGCCUGUACAUUUACAACAAUGCUUUAAAACAUCAAUACAUUGUUAAACCUCAACAGACCUUUUUUUUUUAUCUAAAAACUUUUUUUCCACACUAUGUUGUAUUUCAUGUCAAGUAUGACUGUGUCUGUAUGGGAGCUAGAGAGUUAAUGUGAGGCCUCGUGUGUCGUACGGUAGACUUUGACAUUUUCGGUUAUCUCUAAGGGAAUAGAGCCAGGGCAUGCUGCAAGCUAGUAUCUGGCUGUGCAUGCUGCAAGCCAUUUCAAAUGGUGCAUCCUUUUAACCGAUCCUACCAUCUGCUGCGAAUUCAUGUAAGCGGGACUGUUAUAGUGUUAUUUUAUAGUGUCACUUCUCCCUUUGCGGCAGUGGUUAAUUAAGACAGGUGGGUGGUAGCUGACAAAUCUUUUUCUUUUUUUGGGAAGUUACACUUCCCAUAAAAUCAAGGAUUAUGUAAUACUAAAGAGGACCAGAGCGGUUCCCUGAGUCCAUCACAGUGUGAUUAGUUUGAGUGCUCAAUUGAAAUAGAAAUGAACCUGAAGUUAUAACGUUUAGGGUCAUAUAUUGUGUGCAUCUGGACUGUGGACUGGCAUUAAAACAUCAGUCCAAGUCAGUGACUGUUAAAGUGUAGCUGAGCAGAGGAGUCUGGCUUCCUCAGCACUGUGGCCCUGUGUUUUAAUUGCCAGAGCGAGAAAUGUCAGGCACUUUUAGCUGUUGUCACAAACGAGAGAUGUGCUGUAAAAAAAAAAGAAGAAAGCUAGGUGGACAGACUAAGAGCUCCAUUCAGAUGGAUUACGAAACAGAGGCCUUUAAUUAUCAGUCCGCUCCUCUGUGUGGGACCCACGCCCACCUUCCCUCUGCUCUGCCUGGGACUAAAACUCAACCAGGAAAAAGGAAUCCAUUAUGAGCUGCAUUAUCUGACAGGAUAAAUGUAGUCAUCAACAAUGAUCGUGAAACACGAGAGCAGCAUAACUUCAAGAGUUUGAUCUUUUUCCUGUGGCUUGUCUAUUUUACAUACCUUUCGUCCAAAACUGGGAGCAUAUUACAUUAUAAAACCUUUUUACUGAAAAACGUAAUGCUGUGAUUCCGCUAAGAAAUUGCAAUGUCCUCUGUGUUAUUUGAUAUCAUUUAAUUUGGUUCGGUCUGUUUGUAUGUGACAUGGAUGUGAAACCAUUCGUUAAAGGAUCCUCAUGACAACGUUCCCGAAAAAUGUCUUCUAACCUUAAAGCCAGAGUUUUUCAGAGCACCAUAAGUGUUGGAGGUCCAUUGAUUCCUGUUAUAUUACUGUAAUUACUUGUUGGCAGGGUGAAGCAUGAGUCACUUUUAUGGUAUUAAAUGCGCUCCCAUUAAUCAAAACUAGCCCAUUCUGCACCACAGUGGCCAGGUUCUUCACUUUCUGGGACUUGCUGUGCAAAUAAAUGCCCUCUCAUAGCAAUAGGAAGGUCGGAGAGGUUUAAAAACAGGUUUUACACAAAAAAACCUUUGAUCACAACCAUCAAAAUCUUUCAAAAUAACGACUAAUGCUUCCAGAAAUGAUACUUUGCCUUAAAAAUUGAACUCAUUUCUUGCUGUAUCGUGUCCUGCACACAUGGAAGACUGCAUGUGUGCGGGUGUGUACCAGGCUGUUGGGAGCUGCAUUACAAAGAUGUGUAGGAUCUAAUACACGGGAGAACAGUCUGUAAAGGAUCUGAGCCUGGCUUUGAAGAGAGCCAUCGAAGGAUUCCUCUUGCCACUUGAGAAACUCUCUGCUUCACCCACUCUGAUUAAUUCAAACACAAACUACGUUUUAUCCCACUGAUAUGGUUUCAUUUUUGAGGCCUAAUUGUCUUGUCUUCAAGUUUUGAUAUGUCAGUAAUACUCUUGUUACCAUAGUAUUAUGGAUCCAUGCACAGGCAUUGAAUUUGUUAUCGCAUGUAAUUAUAGUUCUAUGGUGUAUUUCCUUUGUUUCCAUUCAUAAUCCAUUCAUUUUACUGUACCAGUACUUUAUAUCUUUAUUAUCAUUCUGAUUAUCAAUACGUUGUAAGUACAGUAAGCUAUACUGAAGUUCUGUUAAAGCAGUUUUUGUCAUUCGACUGAGUUGUCCAAUAUCUCAAAAGACAAUAACAUUUGAUAUUGUAAUAAAAUAUUACAGGCACA